UUUUAUUAUUAACAUCGUUAAAUGUCUCCUAUCCGCCAACAACAGAGCUCUAACUAAAGCUGCUAAAGACAAUAGAGUAGUGAGAGUGAAAUGGUAAACGAGUGUCAGCAGGCUGAAACAACGACAUGACAGCUGGGAGGUUUUAUCAAAGCGAUCAUGAACCAGCGGAACAGCUAAGGCUGCAUAGCAUCAUGCUAACGCUUCAGCUGCUCCACCAGAAGGGAUGUGAAGCUCCCUGCUGCUACAUUUCACUGUUUAAAGAAGAGAAAAGGUCUGAAGUCAGGAAAAUGAAACUCCAACCCUGCUUUUGCUUUCAUUUGCUUUCAAAACCAUGGGUUUCCAGCUCUGUGGAGGACAAGAAGAGAAGUGGAUGAAUCUAGUCUCACAUUCUCUCUUUGUGUGGUUGACUCUCGAGCCGGUGUGGGAAAAUAUUUCUGGAAGACCUGAGGGAGCCAUCAUAAAAGUGACCUUGUGUGCAGCGUGACACACACUGUGCUCCUCAGGUUUCCCAGUCAGCCUCACCACUCUGAUACUUUAGUCUCGGGGUCAUUGCUGCUCCGUCAUGCCCAGGGCUCCAACUACUUACCAUACGUUUCCUUUGACAGAGGUUUCUGUUUCCUCUCUGACCGUCACCACACACAGCAGAGGGAGGAGGUCCAAACUGUGGAGUUCUGCUCUCCAGAUGAUGCCUCACAUGGUUCUGUGCAAGUACGUUCCGCUGGUUCUAGUGGGAGUUGUGGUUUUGGCAGCCAGCGGAAUCAUAGGAGACCCUCUCUAUGAGUGUCUCCAGGACGCUGACUACAGAGAGCUCCUGGACAUUGUGACGGAUGGACUCCCAGCUGCCAGGAUGCCUCAGCAUGUGGCAGUCAUCGGCGGGGGCAUGGCUGGACUGACUGCUGCCAAGGUCUUAGAAGAUGCAGGACAUAAGGUGACCAUAAUAGAAGCUAGUGAGCGAAUCGGAGGACGGGUGGAAACCUUCAGGAACAGAAGAGAAGGCUGGUACGCAGAGAUGGGAGCCAUGAGGAUCCCUAGCUUCCAUAAGAUUCUACUUUCCUUUAUCUCCAAAUUGAAAAUCCCACUGAAUUCCUUCAUCCAAGAUGACAUCAACACCUACUACUUGGUAAACGGAGGCCUACACAAAACCUACACCGUAAAAAACAAUCCCAGCGUGCUCAACUACAGUUUGCAUGACAGAGAGAAGGGAAAGUCAGCUGCUGAACUCUUCAGUCAGACACUCUGGAAGGUGAGGGAUGACCUAAAGACAUUGGGCUGCAGUGGAAUGUUGAAGAAAUAUGACUCCUACACAGUGAAGGAAUAUUUGGUGAAGGAGGGCAACCUGAGCCGCGGCGCUUUGAGAAUGAUUGGUGACAUCCUCAAUGAAAACAGCCUCUUCUACACGUCCUUGAUAGAGAUGCUCUACAUACAGACCGACAUCAAUGACAACACACAGUACUUUGAAGUGACAGAUGGUUUUGACCAACUCCCCACAGCUUUCUAUCAAGUUUUAAAUGCCACAAUUCUGCUGAACUCCAAAGUGAAGCUUAUUGACCAAACAGAUGAGGCUAAUGUGACUGUAACGUAUGAAGACUGGCGGAACUCAGGUUCCCUGUCAAAAGUGACAGUGGACUAUGCCCUUGUUACGGCCACAGCCAAGGCCACCCUCUUCAUUGACUUCUACCCUCCUCUGUCUGGUAACAAGAUGGAGGCCCUGCGCUCUGUUCAUUAUGCCAGCUCCACAAAGGUAGUGCUCAGUUUCAAGGAACGCUUUUGGGAGAAAGAAGGCAUCAAAGGAGGGAAAAGCAUCACCGACCGACCAUCUCGCUUCAUCUACUACCCCAGCCAUGCAUUCCCAGGUACCACUGCAGGGGCCCUCCUGGCUUCCUACACCUGCUCCGAUGACUCCACCCUUUUUCAAGGCAUGAAUGAGGAAGAUCUGAUGGCAGUAGCUCUGGAGGACUUGGUGAAAAUCCAUGGGGAGUAUAUCCGACCGCUCUGCACGGGGGGUCUGGUGAAGAAGUGGGGCCUGGACCCUUACAGCUUUGGAGCCUUUGCCCUGUUUAUGCCGUACCAGCAGGGACACUACGCACGAGAACUGUUCCAGAGUGAGGGACGGGUGCACUUCGCCGGGGAACACACAGCAACCCCUCACGGUUGGAUCGAAACUGCCAUGAAGUCUGCUCUCAGAGCAGCUAAGAAUAUCAACACUUGACUCUGUAGCUUCAUGCCUGUUUUUUUCUCUAAAAAAAGCUCUAAAUAGUUAAACUUUUUAGAUUUUUUUCAAUAUCAUGAGCCCUGGUCCAAUCUCCGUCUGAUAUCUUUUAUUGUGAUGUGGAGAUGUUGCUAGGUCUCAGUAUCAAUAGUUUUAGGUUUAUUUCAUUGAAGGCAAAUGUUUUAUUAAGUCAUUCAAACUCAGUGGUGAUUCUUGCAUGUGUGAUACACCAUAAAGUGGGAGAAUUUAAUUAUCACUUGGUGAUAGUCCAGAAAAUCUGUUUAAGAAAAUAUACGCCACCACACAGAAAUUAAUAGUAUUGCAACUAAUUACAUAUAUGGGUUUUAAAAGAAAAAGAAAAAAAAAAAAAAAGGGUAACGAAGGUUCGGGCAAUGUCUCACCAGGAGACCGGAAUUGAGGAGCCCCGCCCCUCGCUCUUCAGACAGAGUUUGGGGAAGAAGACGGCGGUUGUCCUUUUUUUCUCUCACUGACUGUU